CUUUGUGAUGUGGUGUUGACGCAAGGAAUUAACCAUUGUUCGAUUUACUUGGUUCCGUAACAAAUUCAUACAUACAUACACUAAAAUUAAAUGCAGCAAAGUGUGGAUACAUGGACGGUAUUAUUCUGCGCAAUAAUGUUCAUUCUGAUCAGGCUAAGAAGAUGACCUGAAAUGUGCUAUCUACAUAUUCCCCAAUCCGCCAACCUGGAUUACUUUCCUGUGCAGAUACCCCCGAUUUUGCUAAAUAAAAUCCGCUCCCACUUGUGCCAAUCUUAUCUCCGUUGUUGAUACGGCCACACCAAUGCAACCAUCAGCAAUAUUAUCAUCAACAUCAACUCAAUUACCUUCGUCGUCGUCGAUAAUGAGCAUCAGAGGUAGCUCACAACCCGUCACCCAUUUUAACCCUGAUAUGUAUGUACAUAUGUAAAGGUGAUGGUGGUGAUCUUUUUGUUUGGUAAUUAUAUUUGGUCGUGCAUCAUUCACACCAACGCCAGUUAUCUGCAUUUACAAAGGAUGAAUGAGUCAGAGCACUUUUGUCGUUUGUAAAAAUUUUAUUUUGUUUCUUUAAAGACUUGCAAAGACCACGAGUCUUGCUUUGAAUGCAAAUUGGGUUUAAUUACCAAGUGAAAGUCAAACAAACUCAUUAUUUAGUGCUGGCUUUAAAGUAAUAUAGCUCACGUACGACGGCAAAAUGGGACUGUUUGACUGCGUGAGUGAUAACAGUGGCAAGUACCCUGUCAAAGCCCAGCACAGGCAUCAAGCUCCGCUAGAAAGGGGCAUGUCAGGCCGAAGGUCGAUGGGAAUUUUUGCAUCCAACGCCAGUCUCAAAGGAAAGGACACCAAUUUUUGGAGACAUCGGCUCUUGUGCUUCCUGUACAAGGGAGAGGGCCGAGAAGAUGUGGGAAGCCUUCACAUGCCACUAAAACAGAUGGGUUACACUACAAUUGGAGAUUUUAUUAGAGACAUUCCAGCCGAAGUUUACGAACCCUACAAAGCUCAGUUAAAUCCUGACACUACUUUGCGGAAAGAUUAUAAAGUGAUUUGGGAGCGAGACGGUAUUGCAGAGCCAGGUAUAAUAAAAUGGGAAGGCUCCAUUGAGGGUCAGCGAUGUAUGGGGUUGCAACUUGACCGGAAAAAAGCUGUCCCCUUUGGAAUUGUCGACGGCAAGGGCUUGUUUUAUUGUAAACCUGGUCAUCGUGCUUUGGUGUCAGUCGAUGAGGUUUUUGCUUACAAAGCAUUUCUCAGGCAAUUCAUAGGUCUGCCUCCAAGGAAGGAUUCCAUGCCACUCAAUCUUCUUCCAGGACGGUCUGCAGUUAGAGUGGCCGUAGCAAAACGGUACAAGCCAGGAGAUCGGGUUCAUUUGCCAACUGAAGGCAAAUGGGCUACCAUACUUUGGACAGGUCGCAUUGAUGAUGAGUGGGUGGUGGAUCUCGUAUAUGACCCAGAAAAACCUACAAGUGGUAAAAUUGUUUCCCCAGAUGAACCUUAUAUGAGUAGGUCACUGUCAAUGGCUGAAUUUAUUGAUGAGCUCGGUCCUAAAGAUGAGAAAUCAGGAAGUCAGUCGCGUAGCCAAAGUAGUCCAACCCCUCCACGACAUGUGCCCCCACCACCUCCGACAACACCACCCCCCAAAUCACCAGAUUUAGAGGAUGAAGUUUUUAUUGCAUUAAAAGAAAAAGUAGUCGUAUCACCGGGUAAAACAGGGACCCCAAAAAGACCUCCACCACAACAACAAUCUGACGAUGAUCAUGAUAAUUCGGGAUCAGAGAGCCAACUUUCCGAGGGUGAUGAUGAUGAGGAGGAUUCUGCCACCGAAGAAAGUGACCACAGUGAAUCGGAUCACGCACAUUCCGAACAUGCAAUUGAACUAGCGAGGAGAGAUGAGGAUUCUCGUUCUGAGACUGACGAGGAAGAUGAGACUCAUUUGCAUAGGGCUCACAGUGAACCAGGGCAAGAUCUCUACAAAUUGGAAUCUAAGCAAAAAGCAGAGGUACAAAAAGGAUUAGAACAAUUAGAACAGGCUCCAUUGAAAUCAAAACCAACCCACAAACCAAUGUUCAAUUUGGCUUCACUUGGUCGCAAGAAAAAAACAAAAGAAAAGACAGAACCAAAGGUUCAAGUCGUCGCACCAGUUUUGCAAAUUCAUACAUCACCCAAACGAGAAUUUGGAUUUUUCUCCAAGAACAAGUCCAAAAGCAAACAAAUCGUUGAACCAGAAAGUGUAAUAAAAAGGUUGGGCAGUUCAGAAAGUCAAAGCAAAAAUAGUCCAGCUGAUGAGCCAUCGUUCAUGAGAAAGGACAGAAGUCCAAGCCCUGUUCAUCGGAGACCUGAUAAAGUCCGGCUGUCUAGUGACGAUCACCACCGCGAACUUCCUGUUGAUGUUCCAUCGACGGUUAUUAAGUCGCCUAAAAGGUCUGUGACAGAGACCAUGAAUGAAACGUUGGUCAGACCCAGUGCCAAUCAGACACAAUUGAAUCUAGCAUCACCACAAAGAAAAAAUGAUGUUGCACCAACGUCAAGCAAUGUUCAACCCACCCGGAAACACAGCUCUGAUUCAUUUGAAGAAAGCAGCGAGGAGGAGUCCGUUCAAACCAACGGGAACAACAAAGAAGACGUCCCUGUUUCCUUGCCCUUAGUCAAGAAUAAGUUUUCUGAACAACGACAAGGGUCAGACCAAGAUUCAGACACAACGCCUCCAUAUUCACCUGCAAUUAAGGAUGUUGGAUUCAAGUUUAGUAAACCAGCAACGAAGGAAAAUAAGAGUCCAUUUCGAUCGUUUGGAGGCAUUUUUUCCAAACAAGCGAAGCCACUUCCUCCAAAAGAUUACACCACUCAUCCUAAGCCUCCAGUGAGAAAUGAGUCUUUAGAACAACAGGACAAUCCUGCUGACACGGAUUCUAUAAGUCAUGCAAGCGAAGAUUCGAGACAAGACCAGGUUGGAAGGAAAUUGAGUAACGAAAAUGGACAGAGCAGUUUCUUUCGUAGAAAACCUAAAAGACAAUCUAACAUUGAGCCAACGCCGAUGCCAACUGCGACCACAAAUGAUGUAACUAAUAAUCCAAGUGAUGAAUUAUCUUCAACUGAGCAAAUGGGGGAUCAAGAGUUCCUAGUUCUAGAUUCACUGGAGGUGAAGCAUGAUGACCAACAACCUCCUUGGAAUAGUCCACCACCUCAAUCCACACCCGAUGCCAACACCCCGAAAAGAAAAGGCAGCAAAGGAAAAACCUUUAGCUUUGGGUUUUCUUCUUCCAAAAAACAAAAGCCAACGACUACACACGAUGAUAUCACAAAAGACUCAUCUUUCGAGGGUGCAGAAAUGGUAGCAGUGAUCGAGGACACUCCGCGUUACCCUACAGAACCAAAAUCUAAACCCAAGAGCUCCCUGAGAGAUAGUUUCACAAGAACUUUCUCUUUCACAAAAUCCAAGGGAUCAUCAAUGGAGAGACGAGAUAGUUUGGGGGACAGACUAGAGAGACGUCCUGACUCCUUGUACAUUGAUAACAAUGAAGCCCUUGGUGCCACAAAUAUAUCUCGGCCAAAGUCAAAAUCAGCCUCCGUUUUGGUGGAUAUCCAGCCAUGGAAUGAUCGAAGAGGUUAUAAAUCAGAAAUUCAUGACAUAUAUGAUUCACAGGACGAAUCCCCACAUAGCCCAGGCUCACCAAGGUCUGUGCCAGCCUUACAGCCAAAACAACCAGAUCCAACAAUUCCAAAACAUAGAAUAUUUACGACACCAAUUGGAUUGUUUGGAUUUGGACACAAGUCAAAUGAUGAGACAACUCAGAAGCCGAAAAAGAAAACAUCGUUCAAAGAGAGCAAACUACCAAAACCAAUAAGGUUGUCGACUUCCAAUGAGAGUCGGGACGUUCCAUCGCCAGUAAUAACAGUGAAACCAACCACCUUGCCAAAACCAGUUUCACGACCAACUCCUCCAUCUCAACCUCCCCCACCAAUUCCAACUUCCGAUGAACCCCUCACUCCAUCUUCUCAUAACUUGAAAUCUGCCAUGAAACAAAGAAAAGAAAUUGACGCCAUUCCUAAAGGAGUGAAAAUCGGGGAUCGUGUUAUUUGGUACAACGGAGCCACGCGAACGCCAAUUCCAGGAUUUGUAAAGAAGUUGUAUAAAGAUGGGACCGAUAAGUAUACCGCAGUGGUAAAAUUUGACCGAGUCUUGACAUCUGAACCUUUGACACUGGCGAGAGAAGGCGAUGACUAUGUGAUCACAGUGGAAGAAUUGAUUACACCCGAAAUACUAGGGCUGCCUUUAUCCCCCUCAGCCGACUCUCCAAAACAACAGCAGAAUUUCCAAGAGCCCGUUGUUGCCCAUCCCCAAUCCGUAGAUCCAAUAGAAAUUAACCAGGAGCCAUCAGCUAUCGAUGAAGAAUGUAAGUCUCCCACAGUAAGGUUUGUUCCAAGCCCAGACCCUCCCGUGACACCAGUCCCCGAGAUCAACAUUGAGCUGGCAAGUCCAGUAUCACCGUCCGGAGACGAAGAUGCUGACAGAAUUCCUCCUCCCUUCCAAGAAGAAGAGGUUGAAGUUGCAUGUGGUGUACGUCGUGGAAUCCCAUCCAGAGAUAGAACCUGUUGUGUUGAGACAAUCCUAUUUGCCAUGUUUUAUGCCACCAACACUUUCGACACGAGUUUGUUAUACGGCAGUAGUUUCGAACAGGACAAAAUGGCUCGGGAUAUUAGAAUCCUGUUGAGGGAUGGCAUUGUCCAUCCGUUAAGGCAAUCAGGUUAUUGUGAAUGGGUUGCAGUUCGACAACUGAAGGAGUUGCUUCAAAACGCCAGCCCUGACUUUAACUCGAUAAACAGUGACGCAGAGGUUAUGACACUCGUUUUGUUCGACCGUGCCUUGAAGGUGGGAAAAUUCAUCAGCUAUUCGAACGGUAUGACAGACUAUAUGCAUCAACUGGUACUGGAUCCUAGAGACCUCUGCAAAAGUGGCACCGUGCAACAGCUUUUGGAAAACAGCUUGACAAUUAUGGAAAGCUCCAAAUUUAAAACGCCUCCAAGUCCAGCCCUUAUUAUAGAAAUUCCACGCAAUUCAGAUAAACUGGUACAUUAUGAAGCCGUCAUUCCGAAUUUGACUAUUAAUGUGUCCCAGUUUUUGGAAAAUGGGCCACGACUAUGCAUUUGUGGGAUGGUUGCAACGUACGAGUGUUUGCAAUGUACACAUAAAUCCAGUGACAAAGCCUUAGUCUACUGCGACAACUGUGCAUCUCUUUCUGACCAAAUUCAUUUCCAACUUGCCCACGAUUCUUCUUUGGUCGAAAUCAUUCAAACUGCCUAUUCAAUGGACUUGGUGGCCGUUAUUUGCGUGAAAGCUGGUCAUUACACUUCAUUCGUCAAGUGUGGUCUAGAGAGAGCAUCUCCCUGGUUGUUUUAUGACGCUGCUGAAAUUGACAACCCAAAAGUUUCACUGGAGCAAAAUUUGGGGAUGUGGAUCGAUAGGCUGGAGAAAUACCCAGGAAAAUACAAUGAGGCGUUUGUACAUCCCCUACUGAACCAUUUUUUGUCGAAUAUUCAUAUUUGCAUUUACAAGCCCAGAGAAAAGAGUUCAUUGGUCUAGUUAUUUCUCAUUCGUCUGAUGAAAAAUAAUCGGGUCAUUUGUACACAGUUGUUAUUUAUUAUUACACUACACAAGCUGUACUAUUUUUAUUAUGAGUACAAGUUAUGUUUUUUGUCGAUUCACUUCUUUGUAUUUCUACAUGCUUUAUAAUUUGAUAACGAUAUAUGCACAUAAAUAUAAUACGAAUAAAACACACAUGUUCUUAUUGGCUGAA